CUUCAAUCUCAUUUACCCUUUUACCCUUCAUUUUCUAUUUCCCUCUUUUUCCCUCCUCAGAUUCAAUUUUGAUUUCCCUCGCAGAGAGAGAGAGAGAGAGAAUUAGGGUUUCUAGCUUGGACUCCACCAUGGACGGUGCUUUCGUCCUCGGUUCAGAAAAUUGCGUUGCUGGAGAUGAUAAGACAAAAGGAGUGGUAAAGGGAUCCAAAAUUGGAAGUGCACAGCGAAGGAGGCUCGCUGACAUAAGCAACUUGCAGCAGAGGCCUAAAAUGGUAAACCAAGAAGCAAAGCAGCUGCCCAUUUCGCUUUCAACUAAGGAGUAUGUUGAAAAGCUACAGAAGGAAAACAUGACAUUGAUGAAGAUUCUUGCAGAAAGAAAUAAAAUUAUUGAAUUGAGCGGAAUUGAAUUACAGAAGCUGAGAAUCAAUUUGCAGAAAAUGCAGCAACAGAAUUCGCAACUUGCCCAAGCAAACAGCCAGAUGUUGGCGGAACUUAAUUUAGGUAAAGAUAGGCUAAAAGCACUUCACCAUGAGCUUGGAUGCAAAAAUGGCUUACUUAACACAAGAAAACUGGACUUGGAGGUCAAAGCAAAAAGGUUAAGAUGUAAAAAUACAGGAAAUGAGGUAGGUACAUCCAAGUGCAGUGAGGCAGGGGAAUCCUCUCAAGCAGAUAAGGUGGACUAUAAACCUUGUCAUACCAACAAGAGACGGCAAUCAAAAAAUCAAUCUUUGGGCCCCACCACUGCUGAGCCAGUUCAUGCCAAAGAGAAUGUUGAAAAUAAGAGACGUUGUUUGAGAAGACAAUCUGCAAGAUUUAAACCUGAAGAAUCAGAACCAACUGAAGACUUGUUAGAGAUAGAUAAAGCUUCAGGCUCUACCAUUGUUAAAUUAGUCCAUACUAAAGAACAUGUUGACAAGAAGAGGUUUAUGCGGCAGAAAGAGAAGGCAGAGACGAGUGGGAUGGCGAUGAGGCUGUGUUUGACGAAGAAGCGGCUGCGGUGUGGGAUUGUUGGGUUUGUGGGUUGGUUGGGCUUGAUUCGGCCAACUGGGUCUACUGUUUUUGCUGCGUUGUUGUUGGAGAUGGCUCGGACACGCCUCGGAAAGCCGUUGGGGUUCUCCAUACCUUCAAUCUCAUUUACCCUUUUACCCUUCAUUUUCUAUUUCCCUCUUUUUCCCUCCUCAGAUUCAAUUUUGAUUUCCCUCGCAGAGAGAGAGAGAGAGAGAAUUAGGGUUUCUAGCUUGGACUCCACCAUGGACGGUGCUUUCGUCCUCGGUUCAGAAAAUUGCGUUGCUGGAGAUGAUAAGACAAAAGGAGUGGUAAAGGGAUCCAAAAUUGGAAGUGCACAGCGAAGGAGGCUCGCUGACAUAAGCAACUUGCAGCAGAGGCCUAAAAUGGUAAACCAAGAAGCAAAGCAGCUGCCCAUUUCGCUUUCAACUAAGGAGUAUGUUGAAAAGCUACAGAAGGAAAACAUGACAUUGAUGAAGAUUCUUGCAGAAAGAAAUAAAAUUAUUGAAUUGAGCGGAAUUGAAUUACAGAAGCUGAGAAUCAAUUUGCAGAAAAUGCAGCAACAGAAUUCGCAACUUGCCCAAGCAAACAGCCAGAUGUUGGCGGAACUUAAUUUAGGUAAAGAUAGGCUAAAAGCACUUCACCAUGAGCUUGGAUGCAAAAAUGGCUUACUUAACACAAGAAAACUGGACUUGGAGGUCAAAGCAAAAAGGUUAAGAUGUAAAAAUACAGGAAAUGAGGUAGGUACAUCCAAGUGCAGUGAGGCAGGGGAAUCCUCUCAAGCAGAUAAGGUGGACUAUAAACCUUGUCAUACCAACAAGAGACGGCAAUCAAAAAAUCAAUCUUUGGGCCCCACCACUGCUGAGCCAGUUCAUGCCAAAGAGAAUGUUGAAAAUAAGAGACGUUGUUUGAGAAGACAAUCUGCAAGAUUUAAACCUGAAGAAUCAGAACCAACUGAAGACUUGUUAGAGAUAGAUAAAGCUUCAGGCUCUACCAUUGUUAAAUUAGUCCAUACUAAAGAACAUGUUGACAAGAAGAGACGUUGUUCAAGAAGGCAAUCUGCAAGAUUUAAAUCCAAAGAACCAGAACCAAUUGAAGAUUUGUUUGAGUGCAAUGAGGCAGAGGAAUCCACUCAAGUGGAUAAGGGGGACUAUAAACCUUGUAAUACCAAUAGGAGACGGCAAUCCGAAAAUCAAUCUUUGGGCCCCACCACUGCUGAACCAGUUCAUGCCAAAGAGAAUGUUGAAAAUAAGAGACGUUGUUUGAGAAGACAAUCUGCAAGAUUUAAACCUGAAGAAUCAGAACCAACUGAAGACUUGUUAGAGAUAGAUAAAGCUUCAGGCUCUACCAUUGUUAAAUUAGUCCAUACUAAAGAACAUGUUGACAAGAAGAGACAACAUUCAAGAAGGCAAUCUGCAAGGUUUAAAUCCGAAGAACCAGGACCAAUUGAAGAUUUGUUUGAGAUAGAUAAGGCUUUCGGCCCUACCACUCUUAAACCAGUCCAUGCUAUAGAGAGUAUUGGCAAUAAGAGGCAAUCUGCAAGGUUAAAAUCUGAAGAGCCAGAGCAAUGUGAAGACUUCUUUGUGGUACAUGAUGCCAAAUUUCCCAUCUCUCCUCAAAUUGAUGAUUUGGUGCAUGAAACUGGUCAAAUGGCGCCAGCAUUGUCAAUAAAAAGAGAAGAUGAGGGAAAUACUGCUCUUAGUGUAGAAGCUCAAGAAAUUCGAAGAUCAUCUGUUGGAAGGCCUUUACGUCGAGCAGCUGAGAAGAUUCAGUCCUACAAGGAAAUUCCAAUCAAUUUCAAGAUGCGUCGAGUGGACUGUUCCUUAAAGUAGCAAGAGAUGGCUUGUGAAUCUAGUGGUUGAUAACUCUAAAAUUGUGGCUAAUGGAUGGUUGGUUCUUCUAAGAGGAGCAACUGGGAGUUUCAAUGUCAGAAGAUGGAGUUGCAAAGGGCACAAUCCAAAUUAAAAAAGAAAAUAAAAUAGUGCAACAAAGUGCUGGAAUUUCUUUUGGAAUUGGGUUUAGUGUAAUGAGCAAUGCCGCACAUACCGGUUACACAUAUUGGUUAAGUUCAUUGAGUGAUGUGAUAAUGUUUAUUAGCUCAAUGGAUGGAUGUGUGCGAUGCAUGUAAUGGUCUCUCCAUGACACAAAUGGUAUAUACAGAAAUGUUCACA